AUUGGAAUUGUUGUCGAGGAAGUUAUUUUCUUGAGCUGGAUUUUCUGCCCGAGGUUGCCUGAAUCGGAUCGAUGUCUGCUCGAGAAGCACGCGGCGCGGCGCCUGGCUAUGCGACGGUUGCUUUCAUCGGCGAUCGGCCUCUCGAUUGAGGAAUCCUUUUCUACCACUGCAGCAGCUGUUAAAAGCCAAGGCUCGGGAAUAUUUGUUGAUUUUUCAGGUGCGAUUGCAGCUACUUUUGUUUGCCCUUUAGAUGUUAUCAAGACUAGGUUCCAGGUUCAUGGGCUUCAACUUUCUAGUGCUAACAAUAGUAUUAGAGGUAGUGUUAUAUUGGGAAGUUUAGAGCGUAUUUUUCAAAAAGAGGGGUUGCGUGGUAUGUACCGUGGGCUCUCCCCGACGGUUCUUGCUUUGCUUCCAAAUUGGGCAGUUUAUUUUACAAUUUAUGAACAACUAAAGAGUUUUCUUGGUGCUGAUGAUGUAAAUCAUCAGCUCUCUAUUGGUGCCAACAUGAUGGCUGCUUCUGGGGCUGGAGCUGCAACAACAAUUGUAACAAAUCCUCUUUGGGUCGUCAAAACAAGAUUUCAAACACAAGGAAUGAGAAGUGGUGUGGUGCCUUAUAGUGGGACCUUAUCUGCCUUGCGAAGAAUAUUACAUGAAGAGGGUUUUUGUGGAUUGUAUAGUGGUCUUGUGCCGGCUCUAGCUGGUAUUAGUCAUGUUGCAAUUCAGUUUCCUACAUAUGAGAAGAUAAAAAGUUACUUAGCUGAGAGACGAAACACCACAACGGAUAACCUUAAUGCAAGUGAUGUGGCCGUAGCUUCAUCAGUUUCGAAAAUAUUUGCUUCCACAUUGACCUAUCCACAUGAGGUUGUACGUUCAAAGCUUCAAGAGCAAGGGUACUACUCAGAGAAGCAGUAUUCUGGUGUAGUUGACUGUAUAAAGAAAGUGUAUGGGCAAGAGGGAAUCCCUGGUUUCUAUCGAGGUUGUGCAACUAACCUGUUGAGAACAACCCCGGCUGCUGUAAUUACGUUUACCAGCUUUGAAAUGAUUCACCGCUUUCUGCUUACGGUGUUCCCUCCUGAUCCACAUACUCAACCAUUAUGAACAUAAAUAAAAGUUGGUUUCAACACAAGUUUCUGAGAGGUAGGUCAGUAUGUUGUGGUUCUAUGCACGCUCUUCAAUCUUUAUUUUUUUUUCAGUAAUUUUGGACAAUCUUGUGAUGGCUAUGA